AUGGACGCCUUCCACAACUUGCUACGGGAAGCAACAAACCCGCGCAACGCUGGCUCCACAAACUCGGCAAUGCCCACACCACAAAGCCUUACGCAGGCGCUGCAAAAUGCUGGUGGAGGCCACGUAUUGGGGAUGCCGCCUUCACAACUUGUUGGCGCCAACGGAAACAACACGAUGGGCCUCCCCAUGGGCAUAAGCAUGCCGCUUUCAAUGCCUGGCCUACAGCCAGGCGGCACUAAAGGCCUUGCGCCCAUUCAUGGUGGCCGAAUAAACUCUCUUAUGGUCGCAAACUCUCCCAUUUUUCCGAGCCUUGGCGGAACCGGCACCCCCACCUCAAUGAUUGCUCCUGUGUGCUCAGCUGGUUCCUCCACUACGCCUGUUGGAGCUGUAUCCUCCGCAGAAAGGAAAAAGACUAUCACCAAGAAGCGAAAAGCGCCCAGUGCUGACGCUGAUUCGGGUGAGGACGGUCGCAAGCAGCCUGAGGAGUACGACGAUCCCAAGGCUAAACGACGAGCUCAGAUUGCAAAGGCUGCUCGAAAGCACAGACAACGUCAAAAAGAUGAACUUAUUGCACUGCGUGCCAAGGUGAAGGAUUUGAAGGAACAGAUCGAGGUGUUGCAGUCAUCAGAGCCCUCCGAACACAAUACAGAGCUUGGAUGGAAGCAGGAGGCUGAGCAGCACGCGGAGAUUCGUGCACGUGUGGAUCAAGAAAAUGAAUUUUUACGUAAGACGCUAAUGGAGCAGAUGAGAUUUAUUCAACGACUACAGGAUUACUUCACGAAACAACCACUCCUUAAUAUGCCUUCGUUGGACAUGAUUUUAAAUUCUUCUUCGGCAUCUACCGCGCCAGCUGCGUUAUCCAACUCGAUCUCCUCGGUAUCUCCUGUGUUGCAGCUACAGUCGGGUUCUUUUCGUGAUCGGCUAAUUACCAUGGCCACAGAGGCCUUGUCAAACAUUGACAAGCAGCUCACAGCUUGUGAGGCGGCAUUUCGCAAUCCAACGACAUCCACUAUGACCUAUUUUGGUUUGCAAGUACAAUACGAGAUGGGCAAGAAUGAAAUGGGCAUUUUCUUUCGUCACCAUUUGUACGGCUGUAAUCCAAGCACAAUCAUGAAUGACCUUUGGUCGGUCCUUGGUGACGCAAGCUUUGAAAAGAGCUUUGCAUUCACUGACGUUGUCGAGAUAUUAGAGGAGCUUGAUAUGAACACAAAAUACAUUCGGCGAGUAGUAAAUCUCACAAUGUCCAGUGAUGCAACUGUCGGCGGUGGCAUGAUGAAGGAGGAGAGUUUGACAAUUAAUCAGAAGCGCGAUCAUCCGGACGGCAGCUGGACGAUGGUCAUGCGGUCUAUACUGGACGAUCCUAGUCAUCCCAAGUCGACCGACUUGCUUCGCCGCAACACUACCACUGCGGUAUCACUGAAGAAUUACAGUGACUCGACUGGCCAGGGCUGCCUUCUCUUAUGGUCUGUCAAGGUCGAACUCGACAAACAAUCCGAUGAGCGGGCUAAAAGCUUCAACAUUCCGGACAUUAUCUUAAAAAAUCUUUUCGAGGUUGCUCCUGUUUUUGUGAAAGGAAUUGUGGAUCGCGCACGCGGAACGCUUCAAAGCUAA